CCAGAGUCUAGGUAAAACUUGUUAUGUAUACUUCGUGAUUGGACUCGGGUAACCCGAACACCCGAGGCGGCUGCCAUAUUGAAAACGAUAUACUACAGCGGCAGUCGCGUGAAAACUCAUUUCUAUGCUGUCAGCCAAGUCAAUGGAAUUAAUAUAAUAUAAAAAUUAAAUCAAAUUUUGCAAUACCAAGAUCAUUUUAACGCUUUUGCCGCCAUUGUGUAUGUGUGUAUGUGGCUGUGCAUGUGUGCGCGCGUAUGUAGGCAUGCGUUGGUAUUAGUAUUACUUAUUAUUGCAAAAAAAAUAAAUACGCGCCGAAUUGUUGUUCCAGCAUAAUACAUUACUUUAGCAGUGUGCGUGUGUGUGUUAGUGUUAGAUAGUGCAGAAGUAAGAUAUUUCUUGUUUUCGAAUCCACGUGUGGGCUAGUGUCUCGAUUUUGCAGCCGGCAAAACAACUAUCAUGGCCAGCACGCCCGGCACGGAGCCUGCGCUGACGGUCGCAACGCCAGCGACGCCUUCGCCUUCACUCAAAGCGUUCGAUUUUGACUUUACGGGCUCAAACUAUGAAAUGGACGCGAGCGUUUCGGAGGAGGAACGUCGCUUUUAUAUAAAAAUGUAUCCCACUGUGGAUGUGGUCAAUCAACGUAAAGUUCAUUGCACCGUUUGCCGUAUGCACAUUGGCACAGCAGUCAGCACGGAAAAUAACAUUAAAAUGCAUCCCAUACUGCGUGUGACGCACUGCAUCAAAUGCCAUGAUUUUUACAACAGCGGCGAAUUUUCGAAGGGUGAAGAUGGCUCGGAACUUUAUUGCCGUUGGUGCGGCCAAGGCGGCGAGGUAUACUGCUGCUCCACCUGCCCAUAUGUGUUCUGCAAGUCGUGCAUUAUCAAGAAUUUGUCAAGAGGCGUCAUCGUGGACAUAGAGCAGAAUGAGAAUUGGAAUUGCUUCAAGUGCACAUCGAAAAUCCUUUGGCCACUGCGCGCUCAACACUGGGCGCUGGUUAAUUACAUACAGACUCAGAAGAACGGCCUUCAAUCCCUGCAGCUAUCCGAAUCGGAAAUGCGCCGGCAAACUCACAAGGACUACAGUACGUGUUGUCGCCUGGCCAAGGCGAAGGUAAAUAGCUUGUCGGACUCCAUGGAGAGCUUGGAAUCCAAUACUUCCAAACGUAGUCAUGCCAGCUCUGUACAUUCGGGCAAGAAAUCAGCCAAGCCACAGGGUCCGCCGGCUAAGCGUCCAAAGUCCUCAAAUGACGAUAUUGUCUGUACGCCCGAUUUGCUCAGCAUGCUGGAACCGGAUUGCCAAAUAUCAGUGACACAAAAACCGGGUCCUCGUUCGAGUGCAACACCUGCUACCAGCGUCACAACGACGCCGCGCAUUGUAACCGUGCAACAGAAUUACACUGGACCACGGCCUAGUACUAAUGGAAGCUCAACUGCGGGUCCUCGAAGCAGUUUACCACCUCCACUUGUGUUGAGCAGCUCAGGCAUGCGUUAUCGUCAAUCCACGCCCAGUCAAUCCGCUGUGGUGCGACGCACAGUGGUGCCAAACGCCAUACGCUCAGCGGGCCCUGUUUUUCAUACCAUAAAUGGCUUUCGUGUCGAUCUCAAUAGUGCAGCGCAACAGGACUCCUACCGCCUUCCCAACGGGCGGCUCAUACAGGUCAAGCGCCAAUUACCACCUGGCCAGGCAUCGACAACGAUAACGCGUGCGCCCGUUCCAUUGACUCCCCAGGUCAUUAUAAGGCAACAGCAGCCAACUGGACAAACUGCACGCAUGCUGCAUCCUAGCUUUGGCUCCAACAUGGGCAUCUAUAAUCCACAGACUAAUCAACAGCAACGUGCACCACAAGUGGUGCGCGUCAACAAUGGCAGCCAAAUGCAUGCAAUGAACAUUGCCUCCCAAUCAGCAACUGCCAGCAGUAGCAACAGCAGCAAUGGUGGAGGAGGAGGCGGCACCACCAUUAUGAUGACUCCCGCAUCUGUGGCCAAAGCGCCAACAUUAGUGCGUCACGUCUUCUCCACAUCGCCCCUGGGCGCAGCGCGUACUCAGCUGCAAAACCAAAUAUUUAGUGCCAUGGAGAUUUGUACGCAUCUAACGGGCAAGGUGCAAACGUUGACCCUAUCAAAUGCAUACAACGAAGCGCGCAGCCAUAUGGAUGUCAAGGAGCUCUAUAUACAUCUAUCCUAUCUAAUGACCUAUGCAAUAGGACGCUUUAAACAGUUACAGGAUAAAUGCUUGCUCGAUAUGCGUGAAAUGGGCUUCAAGAAUGAUGCCAACAGCUUGGAGAAUGGACAACUGGCAGCAGCCGUGGAUUAUGUUUGCUAUGGCCAGCUGGAUGAUGUGGAUCUGUUUAAUACGGGCUGCAAUAGCUUUCACAAUCAGGUCUACGAAUAUCGCAAGAGCUUGCAUGCAAACCUGAAAGAUGGCGAGAGCCUGGAUCCAUUGCCACCGCUAAUGCCGCUAGGCGUGCGCGCUGAAGGUGAUCCCAAGGAUGAGGUUGAGGAAGAGGCUCGUGAGGCAGCUGUUGACACGGCGGAUAACGAGAAUGAUGAUGGCUAUGACUAUGACGAUGACUAUCAGGAUGAUGAUGCGGAAGAUGGCGAUGAUGUCGAUGAUUUGAACGAUGAGUACGAUGCACUCGGCACCGAAGAGAGCAUGAAUCGUAAUGAGCAGGAGCAUGCAUAUGAUCGCAAGCUAACUAGGCUGCUCAGGGAAUAUCCUUCCAUUUGGUGCACUCGACAUCCGGACUAUGGCAAAAUGGUGGUGACACGCAAACAGUGGCGCGUCAUAGCCAGCCACUUUCCACGUGGCGAUGACAUUAAGCUACGCUGGAAGAAUGUACGCAAACGUUAUGUGCGUAUCGAAAGAUUGCUAAAGCAAGGCAAGCGGUUUAAGGGCUAUUUUGAUAAGGCCACCAACUAUUUGGCCAACAGGGAUUUGCCGCCCAGCGAAUGGCAAUCGGUGGAUUGUGGUGAAGGCGAUGGCGAUGGCUAUGAGCGCAAGCAACUGGAUGCCAUUGAGAAUACCAUCAAUAAGGAGCAACAAGAGUCCGUCAAAGCGACGCCUCGUUUGACUGUGCGCCCGCUGGAAGUUCGACCGAUUGACAUGCGAAUCAUUAACUUUGCCAAGAGUCACCCCGUACUGUGGCGUAAGUCCGCAGAUCCCGAAUUCAAUAGCAUAGACGAACAAACACGCAAAUCGCUAUGGCUAAACUUUUGGAAAUCUACGCCCCACUAUCGCUGUGAAUACAUUGUGGAACGUUGGCAACAGAUGUACGAAAUGUACAAGUCCUUCCGACUGAAAACCAUCAAGAACAAACACACAUUUGCCAAACUGGAGCUGAAAUACUCCAAGUAUUUGGCCAACUUGUAUUUCUUGUAUAAAAUUGAUGAACAGGAUUUGCGUGAUGAAUUCGAGCCGUUGCAAGAUUACGCAACAAAUGGUGGCGUCUCCAGGAGUAAAGCUGGCAAGCUAAAGGAUAUGCCGGAUGAUAAACAGUUUGUGCAGCAGCUGGUAUUGGCUAUGCGUGCCUAUCCCACUCUGUGGAAUCCGCGGCAUGUGGAUUAUAACGAUGUGGCUGCACGAGAACGUCUGUGGGCGGAGUUGGCGAGGCGUUUGCCACGCUUUCGGCGCGAUGCACGCACCUGCAAAAUGCGCUGGCAAAUGGCAAAGUUUGCCUAUGAAUGCUAUUGCCGAGAGAUGGAACGCCAACCCAGACCCAAGGAGAAAACGCUGCAAAAGCUUCUCACAAAUUUUCCACUCGAAGAAAUGCGGUUUCUUAAUAUCUAAGCUACGAAUUUCCUAGGUUAACUAGACUAAGUUAAAUUAUGCCAAACUUCCGAACAUUCUAAGCUUCUAUAUAAAUAAUAUAGACCUAUUAAAAUCUUUUUAA